GUCCAAUCCCCUUCGCUGAUCCUGCACCUCUCCCGUGGACCUUUAAAAAGGCUGCUGCUCACCACGCAUCAGUGCGCAUUCGCUCCAGUCUGCGAACACCUCCACUUCUACAAGACACUCCUGAUUUCAACUUGGUGGCACGUUAUACAGUCUUUGAGAUGGCUCUUCAAAGCAAUAUUCUGCACCUGGCCCGCAAGAGUCUGCUCCAGGAGUCAUGCAAGCAGUUUCUCCUCCAAACCCACGGGCUGCACAAGUCCGCGGCGAGCGGCUCUCUGGAGAUCGCGGCGCACAGUCAGGCGGAUCUGAAGGAGGAGGACAUGGUGCGCCCCGUCGCUGAGGAGCAGAAGGUGGCGAGAGUGAAGACCCUCCAUGAGAUGCCCGGACCCAGCGCCAUGGUGAACCUCAUUGAGUUCUUCUACCGGGAUGGAUUCAGCCGCAUCCAUGAGGUCCAGUUGGAGCAUUCUCAGAAGUAUGGGAAGAUCUUCAAAUCUCGAUUUGGACCUCAGCUGGUGGUGUCCAUCUCUGACAGAGACAUGGUGGCACAGGUUCUCAGGACUGAAGGUGCGACUCCUCAGAGGGGUAACAUGGAGUCCUGGAAGGAGUACAGAGAUUUGAGAGGAAGAUCUACUGGACUCAUCUCAGCCGAGGAUGAUGAAUGGCUGAAGAUGCGCAGUGUUCUGCGCCAGCUGAUUAUGCGGCCCAAAGAUGUGGCUGUUUUCUCCCCUGACGUCAACGCUGUGGUGGACGACCUGGUGGAGAGAGUAAAGACACUGCGUAGCCAGCAGGACGACAGACAGACUGUCCAUAACAUCAAUGACCUGUUCUUCAAAUAUGCCAUGGAAGGUGUUGCAACCAUUUUGUAUGAAACUCGCCUGGGCUGCUUGGAAAACGAAAUUCCCAAGAUGAGUCAGGAGUACAUUGCUGCACUGCACCUCAUGUUCAGCUCUUUCAAGACCACCAUGUACGCCGGUGCCAUUCCCAAAUGGCUGCGCCCCAUCAUUCCCAAACCCUGGGAGGAAUUCUGCGGCUCAUGGGACGGCCUCUUCAAAUUCAGCCAGAUCCAUGUGGACAAGAGGCUUUCAGAGAUCAAAAAGAAGAUGGAGAAAGGCGAAGAGAUUAAAGGAGGGUUGCUGACUCACAUGCUGGUCACCAGAGAGAUGAAUCUGGAAGAGAUCUACGCAAACAUGACAGAAAUGCUUCUGGCGGGUGUGGAUACGACCUCUUUCACACUGUCAUGGAGCACAUACCUUCUGGCAAGACAUCCUAUAAUACAGCAGGACAUUUUUGAGGAAGUAGACCGAGUGCUGGGUGGGCGUGUCCCAACCGGAGAGGAUGUUGCUCAUUUGCCCCUUAUUAGAGGGCUUGUUAAAGAGACUCUCAGGCUUUUCCCUGUUCUGCCUGGAAAUGGACGCGUUACACAGGAGGAUCUGAUCGUCGGAGGUUAUUUCAUCCCUAAAGGGACUCAGCUGGCUCUGUGUCAUUACUCCACCUCUAUGGAUGAAGAGAACUUCCCCUGUCCCGGAGAGUUCCGUCCAGAUCGUUGGAUUCGCAAGGAUGCCUCUGACCGUGUCGAUAACUUCGGCUCCAUCCCGUUUGGCUACGGCAUCCGCAGCUGCGUCGGGAGGAGAAUAGCCGAGCUGGAGAUGCAUCUGGCUCUUACACAGCUCCUGCAGAAGUUCUACAUUGAGGUGUCUCCCCAGACCGCUGAUGUGUGUGCUAAGACUCAUGGCCUGCUCUGUCCGGGAGCACCCAUCAACCUUAGAUUUGUGGACCGAAAGUAAUCUGCCAUUACACUGUGUGUGAAUUUAAACCAUAAUCCAUACUGUGCUUCUUGGAAUCCAAAGACUGUUAGUGUUUUUGUGUAUUAUAGUGCCUCCUCCAGCUUUUAUCCAGCGAAGAAUGUUGCUUUUAUUUAUGUGUGAAGUGCCUCUAAGACUGUUUUAAUAGUGCUCUUGUGUGAAUGUUUAUAGCCAAUCAGAAGACCAACUAUUUUAAAAACGUUUAGAACAGGCACUAUUUCAUAUAGUCGAAUCAAUACGAAUUACUUCAAGAAUUGCUUUUUUAAAAAAAAUUGUAUUAUAUUAUUCAUUUACAGAAUUAAUUUACAUCAUACUAUCUGUCAUUUUCUCUUGUAGCUUUUUUAUUUUGCUCAGCCUUAAAAAAUAGCAUGAAAUAUGGUCAAGAAGACCUUGUAUAUAGAUGUUUUACUAUUAAAUGAGCUUUAGCACUAAGCUCAUUAUUUAUUUAACAUGGUACUUAUGUAAGCUUAAUGACUUUUAGCUUACAAGCAGAAAAUUCCUAAAGCAAACACAAGUGAGUAAAUCCUAAUACAACUACAAAGCUACUUAAGAAGACUGUGCUAAAAUCCUGUCCUGUGGACACUAAUAUUGAUAUAAAUACCGUGUAAGGAAAACACCUCAAAUCACAGCAAUGUCCGGCUAUUAUUAUCUAAUUUGUUAUUCAAGAGCGAGGAUUUUGUGUUGGUUCCUCUUUAGUGGAAAACAUUUUAAUGCGAAAUGCAAAAUUGUGCCUCUUUUUUUUUAGUGCACUAGCCUUAUAGGCAACAAAUGGAUAAUGGGAACUGGUGGAAAUGAAGUAUUUUUGGGAUAAAAUUAAUGUUGUUUUUGAGGGUUGUGAACUUAAUGCAUUGUAUGAAAUUAGGAAGUGUGGAAAUGCCUAAGUUACUUAAUUUUGUACGAAUAAACUACACUUUGAAGA